AUGAAGUGUUUUGCAUAUGUUGCAGCCUUCGCUGUGUUUCAAACAGCUGUUAUACUGGUCUUUGCACUCGUUGUGAUGAAGGUCAGGACCCCUAAAUUCCGAGUAAGAUCUGCCAGGUUUGAUGAUUUCCAGGUUUCAACAUUGGUCACAAAUGCUUCUUUCAGCGCAAGGAUGAAUGCAGAACUUUCCGUCAAGAACGCAAAUUUUGGUCGCUACAAGUACCAAGACAGCAAUAUUGAAUUUUUCUAUCAGGACUAUAAGGUAGGAGAAGCUGUUUCUCCCAAAGGAAAGGCUAAUUUCAAGUCGACCAAGAAAUUCAUUGUCCCAGUGGAUUUGAACUCUGCCAAUGUGCCGGGAGACGUAUUAGGAAAUGAAUUCAGGCAACACGCUUGGAUCCCUCUGACUAGCCGAGCAACAUUAAAAGGAAAAGUGACACUUAUGUUGAUUUUUAAGAAAAACAAGUCCACCAACAUGAAUUGCACCAUGAACCUUAAUACUUCUUCUAGGCAGAUCCAGGAUUUGGAAUGCAAAUGA